AUGGGAUUAAGCGGUGAUAGCUUGGAGGUGGGGUCUUGGGAGGUGGGGAAAUCAAAGGGGAGGAAGAAAAAGAAUGGUGAUGCUGAGGUGGAAACUAUGUGUUGGAUUAAGUUGAGAUAUAUUGGUAGCUGUAUUUCUUCCAGAUCAAAAGUUGAUAGCCCACUUAGUGGCGUCAGCACUCAUGAUAAAAAGUAUGUUCAGUUUAUCAUAAUUCAAAUUCUUUUUAACAUUUUGGAAAGUUGUAGAAAAAAGAGAAAGUGGGAUCAGCCAGAUGAGUCAUUAGUUUUAACUAGAGUAGCAUUACAUGGAAUUCUUCAAUUGGCAAACAUUGGAUAUCUUGCCAGGAUAACUUUGCCUGUAGUUUCCCCAGCAUCACGUGCUUCUAUCGUAAAUACUCUUUCUACUAUUGGUGCCUCCAUUCAGCAAGUGCUUCAAGUGCCUCUACAGCAGUCGAAGGCCAGUCGAGUAGGCGAAGAUAAUGUUGUGAUACUAGCUGAUCAUGUGAGGGCAUUACUUGAACAGGGAAAUUCCCUAGAUUGUGUGGAUCCAAACAUGGGAAAUUACCCAGAAGACGAUAUUUUACCUAUUCUUAAAUUGGCAUUGGUUUGCACUUCUCAGAUACCUUCCAACAGGCCAUCCAUGGCAGAAGUGGUGCAAAUACUAUAG